AUGUCCUUGAAAUCCGCUGGUCUUCUAGGCGUCGUCCUCUUUGCGCGCCACGGUGAUCGCCUGGAGUUUUUCCAGGACCCGCUCACCUACAAUCCGUCUAAUACUCAGCUCACGCCACUCGGAACAGUUCAAGAGUUUCAAUUGGGAAACUUCUUGCAGAAUACCUACCUCAAUACCGACUCUGCCUCGGCAAUUCAUAAUAUCUCUUUCCCAGUCGCUGAUACUGAGCAACUAUUGGUGCGAGCGGAUGCGGCAGGCGAAGGCGAAACUAUUCUCGUCUCCGUUGGUGCUUUGCUGCAGGGCUUGUUUCCGCCUACCUCCGAAUUCAGUGUCGCGCUCGCGAAUGGUAGCACUGUCGUGGGUGCAGGUGCAGGCUAUCAAUUUAUACCAGUGGAAUCGGUCGAGCCCAAUGAGGACGUCUCCUUGAAUUCCUUCACUUCGUGCCCCACUUUCGAUCAGCACACAGCCGACUUCUAUUCCUCCCCCCAAUUUUUGCAGAAGGCACAGGAGGCGGCUCCUUUUUUGAACGCCCUUGCACCAUAUUUGGAUGGACGUUCCACCAAUUUCACAAACAUGUUCAAUAUAUUCGAUUUCGUUAACGUGCAAAAUAUUCACAAUGCAUCGUUCCAUAAGGCAUUACCUCCCACAUUUGCGGAACAGGCAUACGACUUCGCGAACUUCCACGAGAACGGCGUGUUCAGCGACACAUCCCCCAACGGCAUUGGAAACGUCGCUAUUCGCACGGCUCUUCCGUCAAUCUUCAGCUCUCUCAACCGCAUCGCCGACCCCUCAGACUCUCUGAAACUGGCUCUCAACGAGAUCUCGUACAAGCCUUUCAUCAGCUUCUUCAAUAUUACUGCUGCAAGUGUGGAUUGGAACGGAAAUGGGAUCGCUGAGCCGCUGUUUGGGAUUGUUGACUACGCCUCUGCUCUCGCCAUCGAAUUACAUCCGCCUGGUCAUUACGGUCAAGGUUCGGGCUCGGAUAAUGGUUCAGGAGGAAGCUCGACCGAGCCGUUCAUUACGGUAAAAUUCAAGAAUGGGACGUCUGAUGCCUCUUUUCAUCCUGUCACUCUUGGCCUCUUUGGUGGAAACGCUACUAGCAUCCCGCUGAGCACCUUCGUGAACACACUCCAAUCCGCAGCGAUUAACGGGACGGCUCAGUGGUGUACAGAGUGUCACCAGCAGUCAUUGAGGGGAUGUGCAGGAUGUUCGGCUUGA